AUGGUAAACAAAAUCCAACCUCGCAGGGCUGAGCAUCUUGGCUCCCUACUGCGCCCUGCAGAGCUUCUCGAAGCUGCCUCCAGCAGUACAGACCCAAAGUCUUUACAAGAAAUCGAGAACCGAGAGAUCGCAGGGAUUGUGAAGGACCAAACCAAUCUCGGAUUCAGAGUUGUCAAUGAUGGAGAGUACAGACGCACUCUAUUUUGGGGAUCUUUCUUUGACCAGCUUGAUGGCUUUGAGGAAGUCCCAUUGGUAGCAGAGCAUGUUCGAAUGUAUCUUCCUAAGAACAAAGCGCUUCUGGAAUACCACAUUGGAAGUACUGUUCUAUGCACGAGCAAGAUCAGACACCCCGGACAUAGCCCACACCUGGAGGAAUUUCUCUAUAUGAGAUCUCUUGUCGACCCGGACAGACUGGGGGAUGUCAAAAUCACCAUUCCCGCACCCCACUGGUACCAUCUCCGGUAUAAGCAUGGUCAUGCUUACAGAGAAGAUGUUUAUGCAUCCGACGAGGCAUACUUCAAAGAUCUGGCUGCUGCCUAUCGAAAGGAACUACAAAUCCUGUACGAUGCAGGUCUGAGAAGGGUUCAAAUAGACGACCCCGACCUGUCAUACUUUUGUUCUAAGGAUGUCCUAGAAGGCUGGGCUCUUGACGAGACAAACACACAAUCCCCCAUGGAGCUACUUUGUUCAUACGUUCAAUUGUACAAUGACUGCCUUCAAGAAGUGCCUCCUGACAUGCAUAUCGGAAUCCAUAUUUGUCGAGGCAAUUUCACGGACAGCCGAUACUGGUCGGCUGGCGGCUAUGACACGAUUGCUAUUCAGCUGUUUCAGGAACUCAACGUCAACACUUACUACUUAGAAUUUGACACUUCACGAGCCGGCGGUUUUGAACCUUUGCAAUUUUUGCCAGUGGAAAAGAACGUGAUAUUGGGUGUCGUGUCGACAAAAUCGGCAGAAUUAGAAAACAUUGCAGAGCUAAAAGAGCGCGUUCUCAAGGCUGCCAGUUUUAUCGCGAAAGGAAAUGGUAUCAGCCUUGAAGAAAGUCUUCGGAUGGUAGGCGUCAGCCCUCAGUGUGGAUUUGCUAGCAAUAGUCGAGAGGAUCGAUUCACGAAGGAGAAAAUGUUGGACAAGUUGAAGUUGGUGAGAGAGCUGGCAAAUGCUAUCUGGCCGGGAGAGGCGUAA